AUGGCAGACGAAUCAGUAUGGCUCUUCACGGAUGAAGAGGUGCAACAAACGGCUUCAGUGCGAAAUGGCAUCUCGUGGCCCGAGGAAAAGGUGCUACGCUGGAAAUGCGUGGCGCACAUCUAUCAGCUCGCUGGCUUGUUCAGAAUACCGGGUCUCUGCGCUGCACGAGCUGCCAUUAUUCUUCAUCGUGCUCUCAUGGCACAGUCUUUGACUCAGUUUCCCAUCGCGCUCAUUACCGAAGGUCGCAACUCAGAGCUACCCAAGGAUGUGUUUCGCCUCAACAAACUCGGGGCAGAAGACGAGUUCCUCUGUGCAUGCAUGGUCUGCGAGCGCGUCUUUGCCGCCUCGGUCAUGUUUGAGUUUGAGAUCAUGCCGCCACAAACGCUCUUCGCCUUUCUCUACACCAAAGACAUCGAGGGGCGCAAGGGCAUCAUGUAUCGGUGUUGGCGCACGUGCAACACCAGCAUGGCCCUGACCAUGUGCCUAAACUAUGGACCGCGUCUGCAUGCGGCCGCGAUUUUAAAAAUAACGCUAGAUCACCAUUCCGACUACAAGGCAAUGGUCAUCCCGGGCGAUUUGACAGAGGCACAAUUUUUCGAGCGCUUCUUCAUUCCCGAUGACGGCGCCGACACGGACGAGGCCAUUCAAGCGUGUCUGGCCAGUCAGAUUCGCGAGGAUGUCUCACACAGCACACCACUAGCCGUGGUGACGGCUGUAGCACAGCGAAUUCGCGCGCAGAUUGACCAAUAUAGCUCCAUUAGCAAGGGUUCGGAGCAUUUUGUGACAGGCUACUAG